AUGGUUCCGCCUGCCGUGAUGGAUCUGUUGCAGUUCAAAGCGCAGGCGGGGAGGGAUAUUGACGAAGUGCUUCGGGAUGUGGGAGACGAGAAGAGGGGGAGGAAUUCUGUGUUUUAUCAUUUGAGGGAUAGUGAGAGUUUGCCGGAGGAGGAGAAGACGAGGGAGAGGCUGCAGGAUGAGGCGACGUUGAUGGUCAUGGCGGGCACGGAGUCGUUGGCCAAGUCGCUGCAGUAUGGGACCUUCUAUCUGCAUUACUAUCCGGAGACGCUGGGGAGACUGCGGACGGAAUUGGCAGCAGCGAGGGGGAAGACGUCGGAUGGCAGGCUGUCGCUGAGCGAGUUGCUGCGGCUGCCAUAUCUCAAUGCCGUGAUCCUGGAGACGAACAGACUCACUUUCGGCGUGACGAAUCGGAUGAUUCGGUACUCUCCGACGGAGACGUUGACGUACACUGCCAGCUAUGGGCCCAAUAAAGGACAGACGUACGUCUUGCCGCCGGGAACGAAAAUGUCGUGUCUGACGUGGUGUACGCAUAUGAAUGAAGAGCUGUUCCCGGAUCCUCUCACUUUUGACCCGGAGCGGUGGGUAGGGCAGUCCGACGAGGUCAAUCGAAGAAAGAGAAGCAUGAUGGCGCUGGGAAAAGGCCAGAGGAAGUGCGUAGGUAUGAAUGUGGCGAAUGCUGGGAUGUGCUUGGUAUUGGAGGAAGUUGUAGGGUACGAGAUGGAGUUGUUUGAGACUGGGUAUGAGGAUGUUGCCUUUCUGCAUGAUUAUCAGAUUGCGCAUCCUCGGUUGGAUACGCAAGGAAUCCGGGUGACAGUUUCGGGAAAGCAUGAUCUGCUGUAA